AUGACAAUAAAUAAUAUAAUAUAUGAAACAACCAGUAGCAGUAGCAGUAGUGAUUCCGAGGAGAGAGAACAGUUUUUAGGAAUUAAAGUUGCUGGUGCAUUCAACCACUUGCUACCGGAUGCAAACGAGAAUUUUCUAAAUUAUUUCGAACGAGUCGAUCCCAACAAUCAAUACAAAGAAUUUCCAUUCGGUCCAACUCUAGCGAUUUUCGUUAUGUUCAUGCUGAUAACGCUAGAUAAGUUGGUCGUGGAACGAGGUGUUACCGGUGAAGCCGGACACAAUCAUAUGAAUAUGUCGGCAUCGAUCUCCACUUUUUCAGAGGCAGCAUCGACACCAACACCAAAUCCAGAGAACGAAACAACCAUAUUAAUAUCAACUGGCGACUCUGGAAUAACGCUGUCUUCCUAUCAGGGACUGAACGAGCACGGACAUGGACACCACCACAACAGCGGCAUCAACAACGGCAAGUCGCAUCAAUCCAAUGUUUCACAGGCAACCAUCUUCAUGAUAGCACUCUCGGUGCAUUCAAUAUUCGACGGUCUCGGCCUGGGUGCAGAGACGAACCCCAACGAUUUCUACGGUCUGCUGGUAGCAGUGAUCGCUCACAAAGCACUCGAUGGUUUCGCACUGGGAGUACCGGUUUUCUACGCCAAGUUCUCGACGGUUCAGACCGCUUUGUCUCUGACGUUCUGCGCAGCAAUGACACCGCUUGGCAUCGGUAUUGGUAUGGGUCUAUCGAACUACUUUGACGGCAACGGUGCAAUUCUCACAGAGGCGAUCGUCCUCUCAAUUACCACCGGUAGUUUCCUCUAUAUCUCCCUAAUAGAACUACUGCCCUCAGGACUUGGUGAACCGGGUUGGCUCAAAGUCAAGCUUGGCUUAACAUUUUUAGGUUGGACAUUAUUAGCACUUUUAGCACUAUGGGUUUAA